CCCAGUUUUCCGAUGUUUCAUUGCCCCCGAGUUGAAAAUGGAGUUCGAUCAAACCAGAUGUCCGCCAACUACUCUGGGGAAAUGUAACUCCUAAUAUUUUGACUUAAUAUAUUACCCUCAACCUUGAAAAUAAUUGGAUUUCCCCUCGCUCUAUACGCUUUACCCCACAAUACUCGGACACGUUGACGGAGCGAAGCUGCACAGCUCUUUUCAAGUGUUGUCCUGGACCUGAUUGGCGAAUGGAUGCUCGACAGCCAGCCAUAAAUAACCUGCCAAACGAUGUGUACAGUUUGUACAUUUUAUAAGGAUCUUUAUUCACUUUUGAAAACAACGGAGUCGUGUCGCUCAAGAGGACGAUGCAGAUGUACAAUCUGUUGUGGUCGGAUUUUACUUCAAGGGAAGAUAAAAUGAAUCAUCGGUUGUCAUUCCUCCUCGCAAUUUAGUUCCAGCCAGGAGGCUAGGCUAGCUACUUGGUUUUCAGAGGAGCGCUCAGUUAUGCAUGCUCCAUUGUAGAACAUUUUCCUUUAUCCAUUAUAGGGUGAUUUUUAUGUGGAAGAAAAUGGUGAUAUUUGUGGUAUAUUAUCCCGCCGUCACUGCGUCGUCGAUGCUAUUGCAAGAAUUUGGAUCCCCGUGAGAAAAAAUGAGCGAAGAUUCGACAAAUCCUAACAACGAUGACAGUUAUGCGCGCGUGAGAGCAGUGGUCAUGACUCGGGACGACUCCAGCGGCGGGUGGCUCCCCCUGGCGGGCGGAGGCCUCAGCUGCGUCACCGUCUAUAAGGUCAGCAGGGCGGAGGACGGCGGCAGCACCCACAGUGGAGGGAGCAGCAGCAGCCUGAGCCCCUGUAGCCCCUGUAGCCCCUCUAGCCCCACCUCUGUCGAGUUCCUCAUCAAGGGGGAGCGCCUCAAAGACAAACUGGUGGUGCUGGAGUGUGUCAUCCAGAAGGACCUGGUGUACAACAAGGUGACGCCCAUCUUCCACCACUGGAGGAUCAACGAGAAGAAGUUCGGCCUGACCUUCCAGAGUCCCGCCGACGCCCGCGCCUUCGACCGCGGCAUCCGCCGAGCCAUCGAGGACAUCAACCAAGGGAGUCCUUUGUUCGUGGAAGCAGAGACCCAGGAGGAUGGACUGCAGGUGGGUGAGGAGGCUCCCUCCAUCUGCAGCCCCAUGAAGGAGCCCUUCUCCCCCGUCCACAGCGUGGUCUCCACCGAGCCCUUCAGGGGCUGCUACGUGCGCGCCCAGCCCUUCUCCGAGUUCCCCCCCAGCACCCGCCGCUACCUUCCCCCACAGGGGACCUUCAAGUCCACGCGCCACGUCAGCUUCCACAUGGACGAGGAGGAGAUCGUCCGCAUCAACCCCCGCAAGGACGUGCUGAUCCGGGGCUACGAGGACUACCGCCACCCCGUCAUGUGGAAGCAGGACGCGGAGCACCGCGACGCAGACUUUCCCGCCGCCUUCCACAAACUGGACAGCAAGAAGUGCGAGUACCUCUUCCCCGAGGGGCCGGGCGGGGACGGACACCCCGGGCCCGGCUUGGGCAUGGGGACGGGCAUGGGCCUGGGACUGGGCAAGGACUCCUCCAUCAAGACCCAGCCGUCCCCCAUGCACAAGUCCAAGAAGGGGCGCCGGCGGCGGGAAGACGGGGAACGCUCCCGCUGCAUCUACUGCCGGGAGAUGUUCAACCACGAGGACAACUGGCGGGGGCAGUGCCAGGACGCGCCGGACCCCAUCAAGCAGUGCAUCUACAAAGUCAGCUGCAUGCUGUGCGCCGAGAGCAUGCUGUACCACUGCAUGUCCGACUCGGAGGGCGACUUCUCGGACCCGUGCUCGUGCGACACCUCCGACGAGCAGUUCUGCCUGCGCUGGCUGGCCCUGGUGGCGCUGUCCUUCAUCGCGCCGUGCAUGUGCUGCUACCUGCCGCUGCGCGCCUGCCACCACUGCGGCGAGGCGUGCCACUGCUGCGGCGGGAAGCACAAGGCGGCGGGCUGACCAAGCCCCUCUAAGCCGAACUCGUCGACCCCACCAAACCUGGACACCCCCCAAACCGAGCUAAAAAGCUAAAGCUAACACAGGAAGUGCGUCAAUGCGGAAAUACGUCCUUGUUUUCAUGCCCCUCUCCGGGGAGAGGUGACAUGUUGAUCCCCCCCCCCUAGCUCAGAGGGCUUUUGGAGAUUUCAGUUUGCGUUUGUCGCCGACAACCAGCAAUGGAGGACCAACCCUGUGCUUUGCAGGAGCUCUGAGCGUCCAGCCGAGCUCAGGAGCUCACCUGAGGAGAAGGAGGCGGAGGUGGUGUGGACGCGAGGCAUUGAGAUUAACAGACUUGGAGAUAUUACUAAACACGCCUGUACAAAUACACGAAUAAACACACACACACACACACACACACACACACACUAACACACACACACACACACACACACACACUCAACACACUCAACACACCUGUACCUAUACCUAAUACACAUACACCUUUACACUCGCAAACAACGCGUACAUAUACAACAACAAAAAAGAACCAGGCCACCAAUGUCAGAACUCUACUGCAACGUAACGUAUAACUAUGAAGGAUAUUUGUGUCUUUUUGUACAGAGAGCAACACAAAAAAACGAACUAAUGACAAAAAAGACAAACAAAACUAUUAUGCGUACAGAAGAAUAUUUGCUGUUUUGAGUAUGCUAAAAGGGAUAUGUUCUUGCUUUUUUUUUUUCAAGAUAUUGCAGAUUGGGUAACAGUGGCCUUUCCUUUACGGCUCAUCCAUUUGCUGGCAAUGUAAUUAUUAGAACUGAGAGAGUGCACUAGAAAUUGUAUUUUCUGCCCAUCCCCUCCAACAAAAGCUGAUCCUUUCUGGAAACGCUAUUGAUAAAUUAACCGCCAUAUUAGUGUAAUUUAACAUGUACGAGAUGUUGAUGUGGUGGAUGUGUUUUACCUUGCUAUUACUUUUCAUAUAUUGUAAAAACAAAAAGAUGAGAAAACGAAGAAAACUGCAACAACAGCCCAAAACAUUAACAUGUUAUUUAAACACAACAAAGUACAGCUCUUUUACAUCCACUGGAAACGUGCGACGGAUUCCCAGCUUGUCCCGAGUGGCUCGGACCAUUUCAUUGCAUUCCAACACAAAGGGAUACGAUUCCAUGAAUAGAAGGGAAAAUGAUAAAUUACUUUACCAUUCUCAAUUCCUCUAAAGCAAAGUUGCUUUUUUCCGUUGUCUAACCACCACUGCACCAAUUGAGACCAACACCAUCGUGUUUUAAUCCCGACUUCAGCAGCUUUCAGUGUUGGCCCAGUUAUUCGGCUUUGUAGUGAAACUGGUGUUUAGCUAUAUUCUUUUUUCUUUCUGUUUUUGUUCUUACUUGAGUUAAAAGCAAGACAUUUUGCUCAACCAGCAAGUUUGUUUGAGUGAACAUAAAAGGGUUUUGAGUAAUUCUCAGUUGUAUGAUAAGGCACUUAAAUUUGGCUUUCAUUUGGACAGAAUCCACAGGUUAUGAAUUAAUUUAAAUCAUCCAAUUUAUUACCCAAAAACCCACCAUUUAAGCUCUGGUCUCCAAGCUUUGGUUACAGCACCCCCUUCCAAAUUUAAAAAGUACUGACAAAUGUAUCCAAUGUAAGGAUCAUAAUUUGUUUGUUUUUAAAAAUCGAAAUACAAUAUUGUUUGUUCUAUGAUAGUUUCCUUUGUUUUAUCAGUUACUCCACAGAUAGUCCUUUUUAAUGUCACUAAACCCCUAAUGAACGACGAAUGCCUAGAGAGAGAGUGUAUGUGUGUGUGUGUGUGUGCGUGCGUGUGUGUGUGUGUGUAUGUGUGUGUGUGUGUUUGAGAUGUCUAUGUACUGUUAGACUCUUGACUCUGAUCAAUGGUUGUAUUAAUGGUAUUAGCCACUGGUUUCCAGAAGCCAUUUUAGUAUUCUCCCCAACUAUCUUCCCCUUGGGUCUCUGUACUGUUCCCCACGGUCUUUGUGCAGGUAAAAGUGCUCUUAGAAAAGCACAUUUGCUAACCAAAGUAACGACCAAUUUCAAGUUGCAGAUGGAAAGGGCACAAGCCUAUCUACAUCUAGAUGAAAAUCCGUCGACUAAAAACUGCUCCAAAUAAUACCCUCGACACCAUGUCACAUAGCUCCAGACACAACAUUCUGUACAUAAAUGGAAAUCUGGCCACAGCAACUCCUAAAUAUACUCCUAUAAAAUAUAUAUAUAUUUUUGAAAAUCUAGCAUGAUAUCUAGUUAAAGAGAUUAACAGUCGGGGCCUCCCAGUCUCCAAGAGAAUGGAGCUACGGGCAACGACGUUGACUGUUCAGCCCAGUUCUACCCCCUGAUAGAUCCGCUGGCUUUUAAUGCUCCCUUUACUUUCUAUGCAAACUUUUAUCUUUUUUUUUUCCUUUUCUUACACGGUCCCAAAAAGCACUGACCUCUCUCUCCAGUCCCAGGGUGUCGGUGUUAGGACAGGACACUUUACAGAGCGCCACCCCUUGGUACCAAACUCUAAACACCUGUAAAUACUUAACUCUAUAUUUAAAUACUGACGUAAAAAAAAAUCCCUGUUUUCAAUUAUUUUUCUUUUUUUUUUCCCUUCCUCCUCUUGGAAAUGUGUAAAGAUAGAGCUGUAUUUAUCGUCGCUGUCAGCAUAUACUGUAGCCUCAAUUGACAGCAUUAUGUACAUAGGUCACCUUUUAGUAUUAUUUCACAUUGAAAAGUAGAGGGCGGUUGUGAUGGAUAUGACUACUGAGAUUCUAAUAGAGUUUCUCCCUAGUAUCGUACGAUGGAAGAUCCUUAUAGUUUCUCCCUAGUCUCGUACGAUGGAAGGAAGGAAGCAUAGCGCUAACAUGGUACAGUAGUGGCACUCCACUUAUUUCAAAAUGUUGAUAUAAAUAUCUCUUGUUUCUCUAUCUAUAUAUAAAUAUAUAAUGCUGCUAGAUACAAUCACUAAUUUUAUUUUGUUGAGAGUAAAUCAGCUAUGAAAGACUGUUAAAACAACACUUAGUUCUCCAACAGCAUAACCAUCGUGAGGAUUGUCUUGUUUGACUGCUCUGAGGUGUGUGUGUGUGUGUGUGUGUGUGUGUGUGUGUGUGUGUGUGUGUGUGUGUGUGUGUGUGUGUGUGUGUGUGUGUGUGUGUGUGUGAUGCGAUUACCUUGCUUGUAUGCCCACAGACGUGUUGGGGAGUUGGGUGUGUGGAAUGCAUGUCAUGCAGUUGUUAACCAAAUGUUUCAUUUUUUUCAUAACGUCCCAUUGCAAUUGGAUCGCCCUGCGUAAUGCAAGCUGAACCAAGGUUUGAUGAACCUGACUAAAACUUGCUGGCUGAGGAGCAAAAUGUAGGAUGUGCAUUCAUACAACGUCUAGAGUCCUGAAGUAACACUCAUUUCUACAUUAACCAGCACAGUGCGACUUCCGUCAUGUACUGUAUUAUAUAUGCAACAUGUGUCUGUCCGCUCUAUUAUAUAUAUAUCUAUAUAUCUAUAGAUAUAUCUAAUGCUAUAUCUAAAUAUGUAUGUGUAUAUAUAUAUAUAUAUGUAUGUAUGUAUGUAUGUGUAUAUGUAUGUAUAUGUAUGUAUAUACAGUACAUAUAUAUGUUAAUGUGUAUAUAUAUGUAUAUGUACAUAUAUAUAUAUGUGUGUGUGUGUGUGAUUCUUUUUCUUCUUUUUUUUACUCCCAUAAUGUAAGACUUCAGUUUUUAACCACUCUGCUGCUAGUCUUUUAUCUUCUUUCAAUCUUGCAAAUUGUACAUAUCUUUGGGAAUGCAUACAAGAGUAGAUUCUUGACUUUGUGUAGAUUUAAAGUAAAAAAAAAAAAUGGCUAUAUAAAACCGUUUUUCUCUUGAGUGUAUUGUUUUAAAGGUAACUUUUCUCAGCAGUCGAGUGGUUAUGUUUCAGUUCUCCAACGCUUCGGUGCACUGAUGACGUUCGUACGCUCUCCUUCGCUCUCUCCCCCCUUUUCUUUCACACUUACAGCGCUUGAUGAUGUAACAUUUAUGUGAUUAGUUAUAAAUAGUGGACAACAUUUGUGUUUUUGAGAAUUGCAGUAUAAAUGGUACUCUUAACUAUUCUGUAAAACACUGCCUCGUUUUUUUGUUUCCUUUUUUUCGUUUUUUUUGUGUGCAUAUUUCUUCCUUUAUCGCCAUCAUCUUUCAACAGCCCUCCGCCCCCGCCCUACCACCCAUCCCCCUGACCCCCCACCCCAACAACCCCGACCCCCUCUCCCCUACCUGACAACCUCGAAAAAGUGCCUCACGCCCAUCCUUUGGUUCUACUGGUUUCUAUGUCUUCGGUAUUUCUGUCAUGGUUUAAGAAUACCAAGUAUACAAUGUAAAAUGUAUAGUCCCAAUAACUCUCAUGUCAUAGUUGUAUUUUCUUUAUACAGAUGUAGCUUGUUACUUUUCAUAAAUCUAUAAUGUAAAUAUGCAUACAUAUGUUUGUAACUGUUUUUAUGUUACAUCAUACACUUGUAAUUUGACAUAUCAAAUAACAAAUAUCAUAAUAAAAUGGUGAGUUUUACUCAG